CCCAUUAGUGCGGCCACAUUCUAAACGUUUGGGAGAAGGCACGCCUCAAUCCGCCUUGAAAGGGUAUUUCGCGACCGUGGUUGGGAAGCUGUAUCAGGUUGAGCCCAGCACCGUACUGCCUCUUGAUGAUCUUCCACAUUUAUAAUUUGGUGUCAUUGGGGCAGUCACAAUUGGGUUGCGACUUCCUGUUCUCAAGGCACUCAUACUCAACUUCCACUCUUCUCUUAUUUCACUUCUCGACUACCAUGUCUCGGUCGAACUCACGACAGACAGUGAAGCGAUAACAUUUGAACGUCUUUGUUACCGCUUUUUUCUUCUGGUGAUGGACCCAAUGUGAACUUCAUUCUAAAUCUCAAGGUCUAAGCCUGUCUUACAGGACCAGGCUUCAAGCUACCUCUCCGAAUGUCUCGAUCAAUGCACACAGCCAGCUAAUGUGUAUGAGCAGGUAUAUGCAGAAUUUGAAACAAACGACAAAGCUGCACUGUGCCAUCUUUUGGUGUCGCUCAAUCGAGGUCUACAAGUCACUCUUGGUCCAAACCUCGACCUUAUCCUCCUCACUCAGCACCAUAUCAUACCAAGGCCAUACAGAAACUCAGGAACUCUCAGAUCAACGUCAAUCGACAAUGCCGCCCAUCCGCCAUCCACGGUCGAGGAAGCAUAAUGGUCGGGUGCCACAGUCCUCUCCGACUACAACUAAAUCCGAUGACAUCUCAAAAUCUCGGCCACAUCAUGGAGCUCAUAAUCCCAUGACUAGCACUACCCAUAUCGACCGAAAUCUGCCCAGUGUCCGAGCUGAAGAGUGGAAAAUCUACAGCAGCGAUGGAGAGGAUGACAGAGUCCACCAUCGGAAAGACGCAACCCCUAAUGGUUCACCGAGUACCAGCAUCUCGAAGCCAAAACCCCCGAACGGUACACCAUCCCUGAAGGCCACUCACUCGAAUGCAGCAAGAUCCAUUGCCGACGGACUGAGAUCAGGUCGUGCGCAAGAUAGUGUUCCGCAACAGAAGAGCAAGGUCGAAGGCGGAGACAACGAAAGCCUUUCGGUCAGGAAAUCCCAGCACAACGGUCCAAUCAAGUCAUCCCUAAAAAUACAGCUGGCAUCUGCGGGAAAAGCGGACAGCAACGCCAGAUGGGCUCUGAAAAAGAAGCUGCAAUCGUCGGACGAGUGGGCCAGCCUGACCAUUGCUGAACAAGAGGCCAGAAAAGAGGCCGCCAUAGAAAGACUCAUGCGACAAAGGUUUAGCAAUCGACAGUCUCGAGAAUACUUCGAGUUUCUAUACAGACAGGAAGCACCGUACGAUGAGAAACCUAUCUAUCCGCGAGCUCAGCCGCAAGGAGAAAACGACGACACCUCGAAAGACAGUCCCAAUUAUGCACUAUCCCAACCCAGUGAGCCGCCAGCAAGCGAAGACGUUCAUGAAAUCACAAUCCCUGAGCCUUUGAAAACAGAGUUACAAAGUCAUGAUACGAAACCCAGAAUUGGGUACAUUGCCCGGUCGGAAUACGAGAAUUAUGUCUUCCUGGCCGCAUGUGUUAGGCAUGCUCCCACUGAAGUGAAGUUGGACUACGAUGCGAUAGCACAAGAUCUCAAGAUCUCAACAGAAACAGUGGUCCAGAGACUACAAGAUCUCAAAAAGCGAUUGACCGAGCAAGGUGCCGACCUUGGGAACAAUCCCUGGGCAGAAGGACAUGCUGCUUUUGCAGCAGAGCCGUACUACGGAGUCAUUCUUCUGGAAGUCUUGCAGAAACGCGGUCCACUGAGCCCCCCACCAUUGUGUGAUUUGAACUAUCAUCAUCUUUGACACAUCGAGCUUCACCUUGGGCUCAUAACUCGACUACACGACUGAUGGAAGGUAAAGGCACAGGUGUUGGGCAGACCAGUACGCGAGCGACCGCUGGAAAAUGACAGUGUGAACAUCAUUCAGCACC